ACUCUGCAGCAUUGCAUCGUAGAUACGGCAUGUAAACGGGUGAAAAGAAAAAUGACAUGGAUACAAAUAUAUGUAAUUUCUCAAUAAGAAUGAGGAGGUGCUGGUAAUAUAUGCAAGUAACGCAACCGAAGACAGGACCCUCUUAUUUCAGUGCAUAUUAGGUUUUCCACGGAUAAUCCAUAGUUGCAGCCGUUUUCGCCAUGGCUAACUCACGUGGGACAGUGGAGAUGGCGUCAUUGGAAUGUGCUGCCUCGAAUCUGGCAUGUGAAGCAUCAACGGAGCCUGACAGUGGGGCGCUGAGGAUGGUACUGGUUGGGAAGACAGGCGCAGGGAGAAGCUCUUCUGGUAACACCAUCCUAGGGAGGCAGGCAUUCCGGGUGGACAUCUCUUCAUGUUCUGUAACUGGUCAGUGUGACAGACAGAGUGGAGCUGUGGCUGGGAGGAACCUCACUGUGGUCGACACCCCAGGGUUCUUCGACACGCGCCUCUCCCCUCAGGAGGUGACAGCUGAGACAGGCCGCUGUGUGGUGCUGUCCGCCCCUGGCCCCCACUCCUUCCUGGUGACCCUUCAGCCUGGCAGGUUCACUCAGGAGGAGCGGGAUGCCCUGGAGUGGGUCAAGGCCACUUUUGGACCAGGAGUCCUCAGAUACACAGUAGUACUGUUCACCUGGGGUGACCAUCUACAGGGAAAAAGCAUGGAAGACUUCCUGAAGGAGAGCCAGGAGCUCCAGGAGUUUGUGAGUAGAUGUCAGGGGGGCUACCAUGUCUUUAACAACAGCAACAAGAUAACAGACUGCACUCAGGUCACAGAGCUCCUGGAGAAGAUAGACAAGAUGGUGACGCAGAACGGAGGUGGCUUCUACACCAACGAGAUGUACCAGGAGGCAAUUCUGGGAGAGAGAAGGAUGACUCCAUUGAAGCAGGAGGAGGAUGGGGUGAAGACAGGGCCAGAGCCUCAGGGACCGGAGGCAGAGAGAAUGAGAAGGAGGGAAGAGGAGGAGAGGAGAAGAGAGGAAGAGGCAGCCAGAAAGAAGGCAGAGAAGUUGUUCUGGUGUGAGCUGGUGUCUGCCCUGGGGAAGGGGGCGGCAGAGGGAGCUGGAGUAACAAGCAAAGGAAAAGGGAAAGCAGUGAAAAAGGUUAAGGCGAUAGAGAGGGCAGCAGCUUUGGCUACCACACCGCUGUCAAUCACAUCAGCUGCCAAAGUGGUGGGAGGAGCUGUGAGAGAGGGAAGUAAAGUGCUUUACAAACACCGCAAAACUCUCCUACACUGACGGGGACAUUUAAUAUCCACUAUUAUUCACUGUAUGGUGCUGGGUUAUCAGGUAGAAGAUGAGGGUCUUAAAUAACCAGUAUAUUUGUUCUGUCUCUGAAGUGCAAAUGAGUUUUUACACACUUAUUUAUCACUCAAAUGUGUUCUUUGAAAAAGCAUCACAAUGACUUCGUAAGGCAGGCUUGCUAAAGAGCGCCGAUGCACUUUCUUCCAUUGACAGUCAUAGUUGAUGAAGCUAUUAAUGCACUAACACACGGAGGUAAAUGAUCAGAAAGUGAAUAAGAGUCGAUAGAAUACAAAAUGCAGUGUAAUACCACUGUAAUAGAACUGUCACCAUCAUCCUUUGUAGAAGCCCAGCCCUGACAGUUGAGGAAGUGAUUCUAUUUGUCCAGGUUGUCAUAGUGCCACGGGAGUAAACAGGCAUUCAUUAUUGAGUACUCAAUAGAAAAGUCAAGUGCGCUGUGAAUUUUUUUUAAAUGGUGUGAAUCGCUAGUGUGAGUAUGCAGGAGUAAACAUCCUGGUGUGAUGAAACACAAUUUAAAGUAAUCAACACGAAGAACCAGUAAAUAUACCUUUUACUGACCUGAUUUACAAAUGAUGAAGGUUCUUUGUAUUAAAAUGUUGAUCAUUACAACAUGGGCGCCACAGCUGUAAAAGUUUGGCACACAUAUACACAUUUAGUAGUACCAAGAUACUUGGUGUAUGUAGCUUUCCAUUUUGUUGAAGCAUUAAUCUGCCGUUGCCAUUGUAAUCCUGGUCUAAAAAUGUAGUCAAUAAAUGUUGAGAUAUGAAUGAACUCUAGUUAGUGAGAAAUAACGGUUGAUGCCUCAUCGCAUAGAAAAUAUAUUUAGUUUGAACUGUGACAUCACAAAUGUGUAUUCGUUCUGCUUAAUGAAAUGCAUUAAUAUUAAAGGAAUGGAAAUGACUGGUAAAAAUCAAAGUACAGAAUACAACGUAUUUAAGAAGAACCUUGGUUCAGUCAAGAAGUGGACGGAUAUAAGAGUACAUACAUGACAGUGCGUUCUGUAUGGCAUCUCCAUGGACUUAUUUCCAUAAAGGGAAGAACAUAGCAUAACUCUUGACAAGGAUGGCAAAUAUCGCCCAGAGCAGCCUAAAUACAAGACUCCCAAUGAACUCUGCUUGGUGAAACAAUGUAAGCCUUGAAGGUUGGUCACUGUUAUAUGUAGAAAUUGUAAAAAGACAGGAAAGCGGAACAAAUGUCUCACAUAUAUACAAUGUUUACACCAUUUUGAUGUAAUAAGACAUUCAAAAUAUGCCAUUUACUAGAAAAAGAAAAAUAAGGCACAAACUCCAUUGGACUAAUUUAAGAGGGACAAUAUCU